CUUCUUCUCCUUCUCCUUCUCCUUCUCUUCAUUUGUACGAUCUUCGCGACUCCAACUGAGUCACGCAACUCAGGUGCCCGGGAGGACCCAGCAUGGGCUUUGCGUCUUGCUCCCUGAUUUCGGGAACAGCAACUGCUCCGCUCCGCUCUGGCCCCGCGCAAUCCGAGGCAACCACCACCACCACCACCGCUCGCCUCUCGGCCGCUGCGACUUCGCUAAAGCGAUAGCUAUCUCCUCGAAAAGCCAGCCGGACCAGUUGGAUGCCUUCUUGCGCUGCAGGUCCCUCUCGUCGGAAACUUUCGCCUGCUGCUGCUCAUCCCCGCUCCGGCUUGCUCGACUUCGAAAGCUCCCGGGACCCUCCGCACGGCUUGGCGGCCGCCUCUCCUGCCAAGCAAAUGGCUAACCCUAAUGCGCUCUCCAAUGGACACUUGCACUGCCACCAGAACGGGCACACCUUACGCAAACGGGACAUUCGCAAGAAAAACGGGGUGGUUAAAGAGACCAAGGAAAAUGGCGUCCCAAAUGGAGGCAUCUACAAACGAACAUUUAAUGAGUCCUUUGAACAAGCACCAAUGUAUGUGUCUAUCCUUACGUAUGCGGGUUUUGUCGUAGCAACGUCAUUUGGCUACCUGCGAGACUUCUUGAGAGCUUGUGGACUCCAAAAAACUAUUGUUGCUGUAGAGCGGGAAGAACAAAAGGAUUUUGUACCACUUUAUCAAGAUUUUGAAAACUUUUUUACAAGAAACCUCUACGUGAGAAUAAGAGACAAUUGGAACCGCCCUAUCUGCAGCGUUCCUGGACCAAAGUUUGAUCUGAUGGAACGUGUUUCAGAUGAUUACAACUGGACAUUUAGGUUCACUGGAAAGAUAAUGAAGAAUGUAAUCAACAUGGGUUCAUAUAACUACCUCGGCUUUGCAGAAACUGAUCCUAGCGCUUUGAAAACUGUGAGCACUAUGCUGCAUAAAUACGGCACAGGCGCAUGUAGCAGCAGACAGGAAAUGGGCAACCUCGACAAACAUGUUGAGUUGGAAAAUCUGGUGGCAGAAUUCCUGGGCGUUGAAGCGUCUAUGGCAUUUGGCAUGGGCUUUGCUACAAAUUCUAUGAACAUCCCUGCAUUGGUUGGGAAGGGAAGUCUUAUUUUAAGUGAUGAACUGAACCAUUCUUCACUUGUUCUCGGUGCAAGGCUCUCAGGUGCUACAAUUAGGGUCUUCAGACACAACAAUAUGCAAAGCUUAGAAAAGCUUUUGAAGGAUGCAGUAAUACAUGGACAACCUCGAAGUCGGAGAGCAUGGAAAAAGAUUCUGAUUCUUGUGGAAGGCAUUUACAGUAUGGAAGGCUCCAUUGUACGCUUGCCAGAGAUAAUUGCCUUGAAGAGAAAAUACAAAGCCUACAUCUACUUGGAUGAAGCUCACAGCAUAGGUGCCGUUGGCCCAACAGGAAGAGGAGUUGUGGAGUACUUUGGAAUGGAUCCCAAUGAUGUUGAUGUACUGAUGGGAACAUUCACCAAAAGCUUUGGAGCAGCUGGGGGAUACAUAGCAGGCAAAAAGGAACUAGUAGACUACUUGCGAGUUCACUCCCAUAGUGCUGCAUAUGCUUCAUCUAUGGCUGCUCCAGUAGCGGAACAAAUCAUAAGGGCAAUGAAAUGUCUCAUGGGACUAGAUGGAACCACAAAAGGACUUCAGAGAGUCUGCAAGCUAGCAGAGAAUACAAGGUACUUCAGACGAAGAUUGCAUAAACUAGGUUUCAUUAUUUAUGGCAAUGAAGAUUCUCCUGUUGUCCCUUUGCUCCUUUACUUACCAGGCAAAAUUGGGGCUUUUGCAAGACGCAUGCUAGCCAGAAAUAUCGGGGUGGUGGUUGUCGGCUUUCCAGCUACCCCGAUCGCAGAAUCCAGAGCUCGGUUUUGCGUGUCAGCUGCUCAUACACGGGAGAUGUUAGAUGCGGUCCUUGAUGCUCUAGAUGAACUGGGUGAUUUUUUGCAGCUGAAGUAUUCCCGGCGCUCCAAGUCAUCUCGUCCUGAACUAUAUGAUGAAACAUGCUUUGAACUUGAAGAUUAAGCUUCCCUCCCAUGGAGAAACCAUUACAAUGUUACAAGAGGGGGGGAGGGAACCUAAACAAUAGGAAUGUGUUUCUUCUUUUCUAAGGACAGUUUUUGCUUCACAGCUAAUGGAACCAAGAAAAGCACUGUGUGUGUUUCUCCGGAUUGGAUUCUGUGUGCAAGAGACUGAAAUAUGGUUGCUACAGAGCCUUACCAAGAAAUACGAGUAUUAUUAUUAUUAUUAAUAUUAUUAUUAUUUGAUGCAAAAGACUUUGUCCCAUUAAGUCAAUUGCAACUGUGCAGCCUUUGUUAUGAGCCUUUUUAUGAGCAGGCUUUUCAUAGUUCUUAAUUAUGAUUACAAUAAACUUUUUAAAAGAGUGAAUUGGAAUGUAGUAUGUUGGUUGAAGGAAAAAAAUUCACUUGUUAAGCUGGCUUUCACUUGCAGAGCAGCAUACUUCCAUUUCAACUUAUGUGAAUUUUGGCAGAGGAAAUUACAAGCAGACUUUUCUUCGAUUAACAGGUGUCUUAGUAGGAGACAGUGGUCAUUCAGUGCCUUACUUAACAUUAACUAUUACUGCCAAAAGUUUUUUGGGGAGGGGAAAGCUACAACUUCUGUUUGCCUGUUAGUUUUUAUGGCCAAAAAAAUGUUUUAAGGUUUUUUCAUCAAAUGUGGCAAGAAAGGGUAAGCCACAAAAAUGUCUGUUUUUAUUGUUACAUUGUUGAUGCAUUGAAUACUUAAAAUUAAUGGUAUAAAUUCUUUUUUUUUUUACUUGUUUGGUCUGAAAGCAGGUUUACAGGCUUUUCAUGCACAAUUUUAAUAACUAACAUUUCUGUUACUCUUGCAUACUUUCACAUACAUGCCUUCCCUUGUGGUGCACAAAAUAUAAUUGACAUUCAGAAGCCUAUUUUCUGUUCUUGAAGUACCUUACAGGCUUGAUAAGCAUACUUGGGAGUAAAGAACACUUUGGUUGUGUGUUGCACAGAAUAUGAUGCUCCAGGAACUUGCUGUUUCAGACUCCUGAAUCCUCUUUAUAGUGCUGUUUCUAUGAGGUAUAACACAGUUGGAGAUAAGUUGGUUAACAUUCUUGGUUUUGCUGUGAGAGUUAUAGAUCUGUGUUUUUUAUUACAUGUUUACAAUUUUUAACUGGUGUUAGAACAUGACCAAUGAUCUGGAAAGGAUAAUGGGAGAAUAGGUGGAUAUAGUCCCACUUGUAUUGCACCAAAUGAAUGAAGCCAGAACUCAUGGGAAGAUAUCAUCCACUUCCAACUGGGCUGCAUGUGAAAUGAAGUUCUCCAGUCUCAGCAGUUAAGGAAGGUCUUUGUAGUUUUAUGUAGUUUUUUUAUAUAAAAAUAAAAUAACUGGUUGAAAGUUGUUUCUGUAGCUUUGAGGGAGCUGCAAACCAUUCUGGACUAUCUGAUGGCACUGUAAACACAUCCGAUCAAGAGAUGGUUAGCUUUCUGUUGCACAGAUGUACUUUGCUUUCAUGUUCUUGAAAGCUGUGGUAUCCACUUAACCCACAGCUGCAAAAUUAGAUUUAAGAACAGAACAAUUAAAUUGUGGAAUAGCAAUUACAGUAUAAGACUCCCCUGCUUGUUAAAGCAGCUUUGAGGAUGAAGCAAGGCUGAUUAGUUAUGAGGUCCCUUUUUGUUGUUCAAGUUAAUAAAAUUCAAUGCUGCUAUAAUGUUAAGAAUGGACCGCAACGCAUUCCACAAUAUCAAAUGUCUGCUUCAGAAGUAUAUUGUGGAGGGGAGUGAAUUGUACAGUGUUGUAUGAUUGUUCACUUUGGCAGAUGAACUUGAGAAACACUAUAGGGGCCAUGUUUGUGCAUUACAUGUAUACUAAAACUACUGUAUAAAGAUUAAAGGAUGUUUUUGUUUUUAUAA